AUGGUCGAUGUGCGAGGGAAGCCUGGCCUGAACUUGCCUCCUGGUUGCUAUGGCAAAUCAUCUGUCUCUCCAGCGACAAUUUCAAACGCUGAAAUACUGUGUAAAAAUCCACUAAAAUAUGCAGCAGAAUUGGUUAAAAAAGCCGAGGCUCUUGUGACCGAAAAAUACAUAAGGUCAGUGGCAGAUUUCUUGGUGGUCAAGGGACGACCUCCAUAUUCAAGAUCAUGGAAUUUCAUUGUUUCCGACACGACAUGUGCUGGUUUUGGAGAGGUUGAUUUUGGGUGGGAGAAGACUGUAUAUGGUGGUCCUGUUGGUGGCACAUCUUUUAGUAGCCCCUAUGUAUUGUUUAGGAAUGGUGAUGGAGAGGAUAGGAUUGUGGUGCCUAUAUGUUUGCCUGUGGCUGCUAUGGAAAGGUUCAAGGUGGAGCUUUGGAGAAUUACUCUGGGGCCUAAUGGGGAUUCACAUGUUGUAGAGCCCAUUAAGAUUACCUCUAUGCUCAAAAUCAAAUCAGUUGUGCAACCCUAUUACUUUUCUGUGUCAAUAUAG